CUCAAUCCUAAGAACUAGAUAUCCCGUCCCCGGGGAGAACCCCCGGACCCCCCUUCUUUUCAACUUCCUGGUAACACCCGAUCCUAAACAGUACACCAUACCUAUCAGCUACACUACCACCACCACCUCUACCACCAAUAACUACCAAUACAACACAACAUAAAGUACCACCAAUACAAUACUACAACCACCACCACCACACCAACCCAAAAAUGGGCGACAACACCCUCUUCUUCUACGGAACCCUAAUGUCCCCCCAAAUCCUGCACCGCGUCAUCCACGGCCGCCCCGACCCCGAACCCUGGCAAAAAGCAUACCUGACCAUCCAGCCCGCCGUCCUCCACCACUACCGGCGGCACCGGGUGCGGCACGCCGAUUAUCCCGGGAUCGUGGCGGUGUCUGUCCCUACCACUACCCCUCGGGUUUCUUCGGGGACUGACCCAGAGGAAGGUGGGGAGGGAGCUGGCAGCAAGGAAGAUUUGGCAGAGUCACUCCCCAGGACCGGGGCUAAAGCAGCAGCAGCAGCAGAAGCAAACUCAGCCGCCGUGCGGGGGACGUUGGUGACCGGGUUGACCGAGGGGGAUGUGUAUCGAUUGGAUUUGUUUGAGGGGGAGGAGUAUACGAAAGUCAAGGUUAGGGUUCAAGUUAUGGGGGAGGGGGAGGUAAAGGGAGGGGAGGAGGAGGAGGGCGUGCGGGGGGGACUGGAGACGGCUGCCUCGGGCCCUGACGGGGCAGAGACCCAAAAAGAGGUCGAGACGCUGACGUACGUUUGGACGGCCGGGAGGGAGCGGUUGGAGGAGGCCGAGUGGGAUUUCGAGGCCUUCAAGCGGGAUAAGAUGGCUUGGUGGGUCGAGGCCGAUGAGCGCGAUUGGUGA